UGUUUGACUGUUUACUUUUCCAGUUGGCACAAAAGCCUGAGAAAAUCUUAGCAACGCUGUCAAUAUAUACACACAACUCCACAUACAAACACACACACGCAUACAUUUAUUCAUUCAUUCAUUUUCAUAAAUACAUGAUUCCACGAAUCAUUACACUCAUAUGAAUAUAUAGUCCUUCCCAGACUACAAUAUAUUAAAAAUAUUGUAGUUAGAUAACUAUCUUUGAUAGCAAAUAGUUACGCUUAGUCCUUAUCUCCAGUGACAUUCCUGGAAUUGUUAAUCAUAUCAUCAAAGUUUUAUUUCUUGUUAAAAUUUAAUUCGUUCUACGAGUAAUUAUCGUUAUCAAGAUCAAACUUCUACAUUCGUCCGUGUUCUUCAUUAUUGCUUUUGUUCAACUAACACUACAGAUCAAUGGAUAUUAGUUCAAAUAUCGAUGAAGUCACACACCUGCGCCGUCUCGUUGAAACAGAUGACCCGAGUUUUUUUGGUUUCAAGAAACUUCGUGUUCGUGGACGCGAUCUUCAUGAGUUGCCUGUUGCAAUUUUCUCUUUGGUUGAACUUGAAGUUCUGUCUCUUUCACCAGACAGAGAGGCAUCUCUUUACUACAAACUUUAUUUUCUACCUAAACAGAUUGGUCAGUUAAUAAACCUCAGAAUUCUGAUCUUGGAUACCAACGCACUCACGAACUUACCACCCGAGAUUAGCAAUUUAUCGCAUUUGGAGAUUUUAACUCUGAGUAAUAACUAUCUAACUUCUUUACCACCACAAUUCCACCGAUUGAAUGAGCUGCAGAGCUUACACUUGGCCAAUAACAGCUUUUCUGUGUUUCCACCCCAGAUCUGUAUUCUGAAGAAUCUUCAAUUUCUAGACUUGAGCGAUAACAAAAUUUCUGAACUUCCACAUUCUAUAGGUCAGCUACAUUCGCUCCAAACACUACUUUUAUUUCGUAACCGCCUUCAUGUCUUACCUGACACUUUGUGUGACCUGACAGAACUGCGUUGCCUCUGGCUCGGUGAAAACUGUCUCACAAACUUGCCGCGUUGUUUUGGGAAAUUAGAUAAACUCGACUGGAGCUUCAUAUAUACGUCAGCUGUUUUAGACGGCAACCCUAUGGAGCGGCCACCUGUGGACAUCUGCCGGCAAGGUAUUAAAUCAAUCAAGCAUUAUUUCGCACACAAUAAAAAAUAACGUAGAUUCGAUUUCAAUCGCAAUAUGGAUUUUUUAAAAGAUUUAAUCGUUUUAUUUAUCUCACAUUCAUAGACCGUUAAAACAGUUGAAUAUUUCAACAUUUGUGUUGUUGUUCUUUUUUUCUUCUUUUAAAUCAACGAAAAUGUAUCUGUGAAAGGACAAACCAAUAAUUGUUUAAC